ACGCACCAAACCAUUUUUUGGGGGCAACAAGAUACUUCUCUCUUUGCCAUGUGGCGGUGCCCACGCUGUUUCACUCGACUUUCAGCGGCUCCCCUACGGAGCAGCCAUAUGAGACUCCGCGCGCCAUCUCGUCCGGGUUGUCAUCUCUGUGCUACGUCUCAUGUUGUCGGCAGUGCCUGAUGAUGUCAUUAUUUCUUUCAGAUAGAUCUGCGCUCUGCCGACGACGCAUCGCAUCUCUCGAGGUGACGAGACUCACUCUGCAAACGUGCGUCCGCAGCCGCUUCACAAACUUGGACCUCUGCCUCUCUGUUCGUGGCGAGCAAAACACGCCCAGGCUCCUCUCCAGCUCCUGCACUAACCUCUGUCACAUGCUGACUGAACGAUGAGGCGGACGGUGGCGUGAGACCGCUGAGGGACUUCACAGCCCUGAACUAUUACUAAACUGUCACCAAAUCAACUUUCCCCCCGCUGGUGAAGAUUUGUUUGCCCGUUCUAUGUGGAAGCGCGCUGGGAAUAACUGGAGUGCGCACACCUUUUUAAUUUAUCUGCGUCUAUUAUUUCACCUGGACUGAUCCGCCCGUCCAAAAGCCAAGACAGGUCCGACUCGGAGGGAUGCACAAGCGAGCGCGAUGCUCUGCUUUCUAGCCUGCUUGUCGUUGCUAACAUAGGGGCCGAAAAGAUGGGAUUGUGAGCUAUGUGGAGUCGCUCCUGAGCACCGAGUCGCUGCUCUCCGCUGGUAUAUGAAGAGCAGUCCGAGGAUGGCGGGCGUAAACCGGGAGGCGCCCGUGAACUCCUCUCCGGCGGUGGCGUCCAACGCGGAGGGCGAAGAGAUCGAGGUUUUGGAGAGCACCGAUGUUCUCCCCGUGGCUCCAGAGGACCAAUGGAAGUCUCUGUUUGACAAGUAUGACCCAGAGGAUUCGGGCUUCAUCAGUACGGAGCGGUUCAGGGACCUGCUGGCGACCCACGGCUCUGAGCUUGACCCCCACAAACUGGAAGUCCUGUUGGCCCUCGCCGAUGGCAACGCCGACGGGAAGAUCUGCUACCAAGACUUUGUCAACCUGAUGAGCAACAAGCGCUCCAACAGUUUCCGGAGGGCCAUCCUGCAGGGGAGCAGGCAGCUAAAAGGCUGCAGUCUCAGAGAUGAGGCGGGCUUGGGGCUGUCUCAACGGCUGGUCCGACACGUGGCCUACGAGACGCUGCCCCGCGAGGUCGACCGCAAGUGGUACUUCGACAGCUACACCUACUGUCCCCCACCCUGGCUCAUCCUGGCUAUUACCAUUGCUGAGGUAGCCGUGUUCAUGUACUAUGGGCUCCAGCUGGACCGCUUGGUCCUGCAGGUCUCCAGCCCGUCCUUCCUGAAGAGCCCCUUACCUUACCACCCGCAGCUACGAGCCCAGGCCUGGAGAUACCUCAGCUACAUUUUCAUGCACACUGGACAUUUUUUUUUCUGUGAUGCGAAUGACACAAGAACGUCCUCAUUUGUUUGUUUAGCUGAAGCGUGUUCCUCUAUCCCCACUACAGGGUCUCUGGCGGUGUCUGUCACCGACAUGACGGCUCCAGUGGUCGGCUCAUCCGGGGGAGUGUACGCUCUGGUCUCAGCACAUUUGGCCAAUGUGGUGAUGAAUUGGUCGGGAAUGAAGUGUCAGUUUAAGUUAUUCCGGAUGGCCAUGGCUCUGGUUUGCAUGAGCGUAGAGUUUGGUCGGGCGGUGUGGCUGCGGUUCUAUCCACCGGCCUUUCCUCCGUGCCCCAAUCCCAGCUUCGUAGCUCACCUGGGAGGGGUGAUGGUUGGCCUGACGCUGGGUGUGGUGGUCCUGCAGAACUACGAGCAGCGGCUUCAGGAGCAGUCCCUGUUUUGGAUCUUCUUGUGCGUCUACACCUUGUUCGUGCUCUGCGCUGUCUUCUGGAACAUCUUUGCCUACAGCUUGCUCGACGUGCGACUGCCCCCGCCGCCUUGACUUGCUUGUUAAAGCCAGACUGCGCACCGCAUCCCCCUUUAUUCAUGACCGCCUGGCUGGAUGAGUCACCUCAGCCUAAGCCUCACCGUGGGGUCGUCUGACAGCCCCCCUCAUCCUACAUCCAGCUAUCUGAUGCAGGGAUGCACUUGACAUGGAGCAGCCCUUGUUGUCGGUCCCGUCAUACCUUUUUCAGCCCACUUGUUCCCUUUUCUGGUUGAGCCUCACAAUUGUUUCCGCUUACCAUGCAAGCUAACCUUGUCUUGCUCUUUGUCUACAUCUCUGUUGGACGUUUGUCCUCAAGCGUAUCAGUCGGUGGGACUUUUGUUGCCAGCACAAUGACAAAUGAGAAGCCUCGAAUCUAACUCAACAGAAACAAGCAGGAACAGUCCUGUCCACAUGGCUUCACCUUCUCGGCCUCCUCCUCCUCAAUCCAACGGUGCCUUCUCAUGGAGAUGUCAGCCUGAUGAAAGUAUUUCUGCACAGUUGCCUCUUAUGUGGGCUGAUAGCCGUAGAACCCUGCGGUUGCAAUUGGUUUUCAGACAGAAGAGUUCCUGAAAAUCCUGUAAUCUGCCUGCACCCUCGUCAUCAGUAAAUUAAGAAUAAGGUCACAUGAGAAUUUAGGCUUAGUUGGUGUUUUGUCGUCAUUACAAGCAGCUCAUACGCAUGAGUGAUUUAGAUUACGCAGACAGCAGGCUAAACAUCUCCGCGUUUGUAGGGAAAGCAUGGAGUAUAUAGGCUACAGCAACCUUUAAAAGUUGAAUCUACCUUUGAAGGAAGUGUGGGUUGAUUUUGUGGCACUUCCCCAGGGAAGGAUUCAUUUGUGUUCAGCACUAUUUCAACCUCAAACUUGUGUCUUUUGACUUCUUUUUGUGUGCAAGUAGUGGGACAAUUAUACGAUUGUGCGUACAGAUUAGUAAAAGAAAAAAAGAAAAAAAGAAGCAGAAGUGCCAUUUAGACUAAGCUUUUGAAAAUGAUGCCAAAACAUUGCUACAAGCACUGGGGGGAGCACAUCCCCUGACAGGAAUUGCUUUUGUGCAAGCAAAACAAAUCUUUGUCCCUAAGGGGUCGGUCAUAUACAGAAAAUGUUACUGAUCUGUAAUUGAUCUCUCACACCCUUUUUGUCAUUUUGUUGUGCCUUCUGGGCAUUUGCAGUGAUUUUUGUGAUUGGUUAACAAUAGCAAAGAAGUUGAGAGGUGGUGAAUUAAAGUGGGAUUACACUAAUAAAACAUUCAGCAGUGGGGACAGACCCACUUUCUUUCUGUCUUUUUCUCAUUACCAAAUGUAGAAGAGCACACAUGCCUGACCUCGACUACAUCCAGGCUGGGGUCGUUUCACUCCCAUAUCAGUAGGCAAUGGGGGGAAGAAGUAAAUCAAUGCUCCCUCAUUAGUUCCUGUCACAACGUAAAUUGUUAAUUGAUUGAACCGGGAUGGAAAACGACCCCAGUCCUAAGCUGUCAGUCUCAAACGGUACUGUACUUUAACCUCAUGUUACGCUGGUAACUGCUUCGCACAAACAUUGUUAUAAUGUAAUUAUAUACAGAUUAAUAUUUUAUCAUGCAUUUGCUGUUGAUUUUUCUUUUAACUUGGUGAUAUUGGUAUGUUGUGUGAAUUGCUUGGUCGGUCUGCAUUGUGAUAUGCUAGCUAUAUCCUGUUUGUAUCAUAUUUAAAAGUUGGUUCAAGAUGGUCUGGGGUUGUAUAUAAUAAGGGCACAAAAGUGAGGGAGGGGUAAAUCGCUGAUAGUAUUUUAACAUCGUGCAUAUUUUGUAGAUUUGAUAUGUACAUACUGGAGUACAUUAAACACUUUUAUACAGAAACAAAAUAUGAUUUCUUUGGAUUCUGCUCUCAUUUAUAUUAGUGUGAACUCAUGUCACGCAUGCUUGCACGCACACAUACAAGUUGUAUUCAAUAUUCUUCUUGCGACAGGAAUUCCUCCCCUAUUGUGCGAAGACAAGCGCUCAGACCAAGCAGGUUUGCAGUUUGAAACCAGAUUAGCUUCAAGGGGUAAGAGCCUUUGUGAAAAAAGCAGACGUCAAAGUGAUCAAUGGUAUGUGCGAGCAUACAAGAAUCAGCCAUAAUUCUUUCAGAGAGGGGACUCCUUAAGCUGUAACCGAAAGUCUUCUCUGUCUAGCCGGUAUAACCAUGUGGAGAGUAGCGGUUUUGAAGGCGUACAAUGGAAAAUUCAUUAGGCGGCCAAGGAAAGCUGCCUCAGUUGUGUUCCCCCUUCAUAAAUCUCCAAUUCCAGAGGUAAUCACAAGAGAAGACAAGUGAAGCUGCAGGGAAGGAAACAUCUGUGCAAUUGCAUUUGUAGUGUCUCCGCAUUUAUGCUGCCUGCUGAGAGCGGCACUUGUUACAAUUUGGCCACAUUUUAAGUUGCAUUUCAAGUCUUUUUAGGUUACAUGCAAGAAGCAGACUUAGGAUGACAGUUGACACACAACUAUUACCGAUGUUUCUAACAAGCUGAUGGUGAUGCCGGUGUGUGUGAGAGUGGCAUGGUUGGUGGCGUACUUUAACCAUUUUGUCACCAUAUUCUGCCAACAUGUGUGAGUGCUAUCUUUGCAGUGUAUCGCAUGCAUGUCUAUGUGUGUGCACAUGCGUAGGAUCAGUGUACUCGGUUAAAAUGCAAUUCUUUCAUCUUUUACUAUUUUGGACAUGAAGAUGAGACUGUGCCUUGGCCAGUUCAGUGGUAUCUUGUAUUUAUAGGGCACAGGCAUUUAUGACACUAUGUGGCCAAACGUAUGUGGACACCAGUACAAUACAUUACAUUACGUGUGUGAUUUUGAACAUCUCAUUGUGACGCUAUGGGUUAAUAUACAGUCUGGCUGCAGGGUCACGCUCCCAUUUAUCCACAUUAGUGAGGUUGCUGUCACAAUGUAUCCCAAAGGUGUUGGAUGGGGUUGAGGUCAGGGAUCUGUGCAGGCCAAUAAAGGUCUUCCACACCUAGGGAGACCAUUUCUUUAUUGACCCCUGUUUGUGCAUGGCAGGACUGAAAGGGGGUGAGGUCCUUCCCCAAAUUGUUGUCAGAAAGCUGGAAGCAGCUUUUGUCCAAAACAGUACUCAAUGCUUGGGCAUUAUACUAUACAGCACCAAACCAAAAGCAUAAAACAAGAUUGUGGACAGGGGUGUUGCAUCUUUUUUUCCAAUAUGUAAUUUUGUACAAAAAUACAAAUACACAAACUUUCAAAAAUCCCAUCAGAUGGCAAACAUUCAUUCGUGUUGUCGAGGCACGGGACCAAGAUUCUAUUUCUGCACUGUUGUCGCCAUCAAGCGGACAUGCAACAUGACAAGUUGCAAUGCAUGUGAGUAUUAAAAAUAACUGCAAAGACAGCAAAUUGCAAGUAUUAAGUUGAGUAAAGAUAUACAACGUGCCUAUCUUUAUUUCUCUCAGGUUUCGUUGCACCCUCCCAUUCACAUGUUUGUUCAGCUUCCAGAAAAUCUGACAAACUGGACACUGUAGGACUUAACUAGCUUAACCCCAGAAGAUGGCAGUAGUGCAUCAAUAAGGAUGCAGAAGCUGUUUUUUCUUUUGAAGAGAGAUGCAAACCAGGUGCCCUGGAAGUUUUCAAAAUAUAUAUAUUUCAAAAUAAAAGUCAAGGCAAUAGAAUGACCGUAUGCAAGAAUAUGUUAUUUACAGUCCAUGAUGCAAGCACAUACCAGACUAACAAAUAAAUGAAUGAGUACAAAUAAAUAAAUCUGGGCCGAUGGGAGUCUGUUAGCAACAGUAGUUGACUAUAGGCGGUUUAAUAUUCAUUUAUCCAUGUACACAGAGAGAAUAAACUUUUCAAUUAAUCGCUUCAUUGUUUGAUGCAAUACAGUUCGUAGUACAGUUUAAUCAGUCAUUUUGUGUGUGCAAAGUUGUUGCUGUUAGCACUGAUAUUUAUGUUUCCACCGUAUUCCGUUGCUUGAGUGAACGCAGAGCAUAAAACGUGUAACGAGACACAGAGUAAACGUGUUUACCAUUUCUACCAGUAGAUAGCAGUGUAAGUGUAUUUGAACCAUAGAUUUAGUUCUAUUUACCUGUGUCUUUGUGAAUUAUCUAGGUUAUUGAUACAGAUGUAUUUAAUGCAGUUCGUUUCAUCUGAUAUUUGAUGUUGAUGAGUAAUUUGCAACCUAGUUAUAUACAUCAUGUAUUUCCUUGUUAUUUCUAUGUCAUUUCAGAACCAAACAUGGAAGAGUGAGCAUGUGUUGAUCAUGAGGCAAUAAAUAAUGACAGUUGAAAAACAAAGAGACAUUUGGUUUAUUCGUAUUAAGCAGCCUUCAGUGGACCUUGCCUCCGUUACCACCCAGUCAUAGCACCACCUCUGCUUCCCAUCUUUACCUUACAUUGCUAUAUCAUCACUGCACCAUCAUCACUGUCACUGUCAUCAUCAUUCAACCUCUAACCUGUUCUGUUGUAACUCUGCUGUCAGCGUCUUAUCAACUCUGACAAAAUCAUGUCAUCAUAAUGUCAGCAAUUUGGUCUAAAGAAUGAUUUAGCACUGUGCUUGUGUGUGAACACUGUUGUAGGAUUUGCCUCUAGGAGUUAUUGUACAAGAACAUGGAGAGCACAGCUAUACUCUCACAUUUCUAAUAUGUCUCACAAUGUUUUAUAGUCGUCAAAUGAUUGUUGUUUAGCGUUGUUGCCUGUUUUUAGCCGUAUGUCUAUCUCUGUGCAUUUAAAUAAGUAAUAUUCAUUUUAUGUGUACACACUUUACGCUAAUUCUGAUUAUAUAAUUAACAAUGUAUAGGGGUAUAGUUUGCAGAUCCUGUAAAACUGAGCAACAUGGCCAUUUAGUUCCCCAGGUUACAUGUCGGUCAUUAACAAAUCAGCAGGUCAUGACCUUCCUUAGAUAAGAGCAGUAGCUCACAUUUACUUCUAUAUGAUCCAAUGACAUCUGCACCCGUCUAGAUUAGCAAAGAAGGAAAAUCUUUGGUAUUUUCUAAUUCUGUAUGCCAAGCACAAGUUAAAUACUCCCCUAAAAGCAGAAACCUUCAGAAUUAGUUAUUGCAUUGCAUUGUGGUUACAUUCCUGUAUUUGACUUGUAUUGCUGUAUCUCAAUUCUUCUAAUUAUUCCAUCUGCAGUUAAUCUGCUCACAUGAUUUUGAUC